CUCAUUUUCGAUGUUCAUUAAAUGAAAAAAUCAAACAAAAAAGUCCCUUCGAUACAAAAAUACUAAUAAAGGCAGAUGUGAAAAAUAUCAUGAAAAUACGAAACACAAUUUUCUCUCCAUCGACUUUGCAAGCUUGCUUUGAAAAUAGCGCUUGUCUCAAAACUUGUUUUCGGUCAAUAAUCUGGUUCUUUGCACGGUCCUAAACCUUUUGAAUUUUGUCAGUUUUACUUUUUCUUUCAGUUCAAACGUUUCACUAUUCAACGUGUUUCCUGUUCAUAGACACAUAUUGAUAAAUAUUGAUACUUGUUGGAAUGGCAGAACAGAAUAACUAUACUGAUAAAACUACAUUCAAAGUAAAGCAUUUGGAUGAAUAUCAUGACAUAGUUAUUGAUUGGAAUGAUGAUAGACAUGAAUAUAAAUACCAACAACUAUUUGAACAGCUGGAAUCAAUAACUGGAGUACCAAAUAGAUAUACAGAAUAUCUUAGCCUGCAUAGACCUCUACCUACGACCCUACCCGAUUAUUUUGACUGUGUCAACCAGAUAGGGAUCCAAGGUAGACCAGAUAUCAGUGAAGCACGUAUUCGUGAUGGCGAAUGUUUUCGUUUGAAAUGUUGUUUACGAUUUGAAUGGUAUUACUACAACCGUAUUUGUAUGAAUUACAGUUUAGUAGCUGAAGUCGGCAUUCCUGAAGGAGUCUGCAGUCAAUUUUCUUGUCAAUACCAAUACACUGAAGCUUACUUCAAAAAUAUAAAAAAAAUCGUUAAUAACGAGGAAUUGAAUCUAAAAAUUUCACAGAUUCUCCAACCAGUGGAAAGAGGUCAACACUUAAUAGCGGACCAUGUUUUCAGAAAGUUCAAUAUUAAACAAUAUUUCAGUUGGAAUUGUGAGUUUCGUUUUAGGUGGAUAGGGCCUGAUGAACGUAUAUUACACCGUCAUAAUUAUCCAAGAACCCGUGGUUAAAUUUCUUCUGAUAAAUGAACCGAAUGUAAUACAGUCAAACCUCUCAAAAAGUUGCAUAGAAAGAGACGAGUCUGCUCCUUUUUUAAGAGAUUUUUGGUGUCGUCAUCUGCGAACGAUUGGUCCGUUACUGCAACUUUUGAGAGGUUUGAUUGUAGUUUACAUAAUGAUUUUUCCAAUAAAAUUUUCCUUUUGAUUUA